AUGGCUUCAUCAUCGUUAAAAAAAAGUAUGUCAGAAUCAUCAUCGUCGUCGUCUAGAGAACCUUGUAUUCGUUGUCAAGAACAACCCUACGAUGUAGUGUGUACAUGUGGAGAUAAAUAUGAUUUUACAUGCGUUCAAUUACAUAUAGAGGAAAUUAGAAUGGAAUUUGAAUUUUAUCAAAAUGAAGUUGCAGAACGAUUACUUGAAGUUGAACAAAUCGUAGAAGACAAGAAUCCUACAAAUGCUAGGACAAUCGUAGAAAAUUGGAGACGCAAACGUAUGACAGAUAUUGAUGAUAUAGCCAAUAAUAUUUUAAGUCAAAUUGAUAGACGAGAAGAAGCUUAUUCUAAUGUUGCAUCAUUUCGAGUUCAAUUUGAUUCAUUAUCUCAAAAUACAAAUCGUAUUGUUCACGAACAAGUCCAUUCAAUUGUUACACUACAACAACAAGUUCGAGAAAAAUCUGAUCAACUGGAAAUUUUACCAGAACUUCUUCACGAUGAUAUCAAUUUAGAUUCAGAACUUCAGUCAAAGUUAAAUCCUAAUAUAAUUAAUCAAAGCUUAAUCACCCAGGAAAUCGAACCCACGACUUCUUCAGCAAGUUCAAAAAUAUAUGAAAGCGAACCCGUUAUUUCUUCAAAUUCAACGACAAAUAUAUUAACGAAUACUAAGCAAUUUGAUUCUGAUCCAAUGACUACUACAAAUACAAACAUGGCAAUGAGCACUGUAGAAAUCAAUCGUGAUUCAAUGACUGCUUCAAAUAUGAAUAUGCUAACAAAUAUUGAAUCGAUUCCAAAUACAGAUGUAGUGAGGAAUCCAGAAUCAACUAUGACUAUUUCAGACCCAACUGUAAAUAUUGAACCAGAAACCGACUUAACCAAUACUCGUGAAAUAAGUCACUCGAUAUAUGACAGUACUGUCAAUGAUGAAUUUGAAGCUGGUUAUACAGCUAAUAUUCAACGUCGAAAUGUAAUUAUAAUACGAACAGAAAAUGAUAAAUUUGUUGGUACUGUAUGUUGCCAUGAUAAUCAAUUACUCUAUAAUGAUUAUAAUCAUCAUUCUCGAGAUUUUCGUUUAACAUUAAUACGUGAUGUAUCACAACCAGGAAUACGGCAAUAUAUUGAUUGGACUCAAUCGGAGACAACUAUUAAUGGUGGUGAUAGUAAUUGGAUACAAGAUAUAGUAUUUUCAUCUAAACUUCAAGGAUAUUUAAUACUUAAUCGUGCACGUUUACGUCUUCUUUACGAUGAUACAUUUAUGCUCGAUGAAUUCCAUGAAUUUCCUGAUCGUAGUAUGAAACGAGUUACAUGUAAUAAUGAAUAUAUUUAUUUAAUAUCAGCAUGUAAUGCCACUUCUCCAAAUGGUGAUGAAAUUAUCAUAAUGACUUAUGAUAAACAAGAAAAAAUCUGCAAAACAUUUCGGGAUAUUGCAAUUAGUUCCAAAAAUCGUACAACAACCGAAUCGAUAGGUGGAGAAAUAAGUGAUCUAGCUAUAAGUACAGGUGGAUUAAUAAUGAUAUCAUAUCGUUUAGAAAGUCGUCAUGAAGUUGGAGUUUUUAUAUAUAAUAUUACAAAUAAUGGUAGUAAUUGGUCACCUGUUCAACAAUUUAUUCUUGAUAGAUGUUGGCAUAAUGAUUUAUCAUAUACACCAAGAAUAGAAUGGUGUGAAAAAUUAAAUGUUUUUAUUCUUAUAGAAUAUAUAUCGGGUCACUUGAUAAUGCUUGAUGAAAAUAAACAAGUGAAAGGUGAAUGUCGUUUUGCACAAAUACAAAAUCGAAAUGAAUCCCCACUUAAUAUAAGUGUUUCAAAUAAUAAUUGGCUAUGCGCACGUUACGAAUCAUCAAUUACUAUUCAUCAAUUACAGAAUACGAGAUUAUAG